AUGCAGCGCCCCGACGACGCACCUUUGAGCAAGUCCCUGCCCGGCGCGCUGCGCAGCCUGUCGGGCUGCGCGUACCGCGUCUGCGCGCCCGAGCAGCUGCUGCUGCUCAAGGGCUUCGGCCCAAAGACAGUCAAGAUCAUCAUGGAGGUGCUGUGGAGUGUGUCGCCGCCGGAUGAGGAGGACGAGGAGGAGCGGGAGUUUCGGCAGCUGUGCGAGGCGGAAGCCAAAGCAGAGGCAAAGGCCCACAAAGCAGCCGCCAAAGCAGCCGCGGCGCCCGCCCCCGCGCCCGCGCCCGUCCCCGUGGCGCCGCCCCGUACGGCCACCGGCUCUGGCGCCCCUGCGGGGGCGCGGGCGGGCGGCGUGGCCGCGCCACGAGUGGCGAGCCACGACCCUCUGGAGGCGCUGAGGAGCGCGCUGGGCGAGUCCCAGGCAUGGCAGGACAUGGCGCAGCGCGCGGUGGCGCUUGCCGGGGCGCAGCAGGGCACCGACGGCGGAGCGCCGCCCGCCCAGCAGCGCCCCCAGCAAGCGCGUAAGCGCGCCGCCGCGGGCGCCGAAGGCGGCGGCGGCGGCGCGGGCGGCGCGGGUGGCGUGGGCGGCGGCGAGGCGGCGGCUCGGAAGAAGCCACGCGCGAAGCCCACGGGCGGCCCCAAGCUGCCGGCGCCGGGCACUGGCAACUAUGCUGUGUUGGUGGUGCUCUACAUGUCCUACAAGCGCGGCGAGGCCUGCAUGCUCAAGGAGUCCGUCCUGGACGCGGCCACGGCCCACGCGGGGCUCUGCGAUGUCUCCAUGCGGCCCAGCAACGCCUGGUCGGCCAGCGCCAAGGACCGCUACAACGGCUGGAGCAACGUCAACGUGAGAGGGGGAAGGGCCUGA